GAGAUCAAGAACUCCACCAAAAAAUAGAAUGAGAAGAUCCAGGAGCAGGGAUGAUCAUCUUAAAAGUAAUAAACAUCAUAAUCAGUAUGAACACGGCUUCUCUUUCAGAAGUGGGAGAGGGGAAAAAUGGAAAGAUUCUGCUAGUCGAAAUUCACAUAGGAGCCGAAAUAGUAGUUCAGACAGAAACAGAAAUACUAAUAUCGAUGGAAUAAGCAUAAGUAAUGACAGGAAAAAUCCAAGAACUUCUCAAACACGAAAGUCAUCUCCAACAUCUUCUGAAAGAAAUGUUCGUAAAGUAUCUGAAAGAGAUCAAAUACUAUCAAAAUGGCGAAAUAAUUAUUGCAGAAAUGAUAAAAAUCUCUCCGAUAAGUUACAAGAACUUGCAUCUUUAUCUGUUGAAGACAUAUUAAAAAGAGAGAAAAACAUUUGGACACGAUCAACACCUGCUGAGCUUUUUUAUAAGAGAGAUGAAAAUAAUAUGAAAUUAGUCAGUGCUACUUCAAAGUUAGAAACACUUUGUAACAUUUUUAAUGAGACUUUGGUUUUGCGUGCAAGAAGGGCUAGGUCACUGUUACCGAAGUAUGAACCACCUCCAAGAAAAAACAGAGCUAGACUUUGCAAACACAAAA